AUGCCGGACCCAGGACAUUCAGUCUUCACAUGCCGUCAAACCUCAAGGUGCCAUGUAUGUAAGAAAAAGCAUCAUUCUCUUUUACAUCCUAGUGUUCCAAAGUCAGCUGAAAAUAGUGUUAAUGGCUCUUCAGUUGACAAGAGUGUUGUUGUAGCAACUGCCACUUCAUCAAUUAAUGAUGAUAAUAAUGUUGUAGAGUCAUGUGCAAAUAACCAUAACCAAGUACUUUUGGCUACGGCACUAGUCGAUGUGGAGUCUGGAUCAGGUAUUUGCAAGACAUUCCGUGCUUUAUUAGAUCAGGGAUCCCAGGCUUCAUUUGUUACAGAAUCAGCAGUACAAGCUCUUGGCCUGCAGAAAGUGCCUGGCAAAACAUCAAUAUCUGGUGUUGGUGAUCAGAAUGACUCUAUUGUCUCAAAAUCAAUAGUUAGUUUUAGUCUCAAGUCAAUUCAUGAUCCCAACUACCAGAUUGUAGUUAAGGCUCAUGUUUUAAAGAAACUCACAUCGGUUAUCCCGUCUAAGAGGGUGAGAGUGGAAACGAUACCCAAUAUUAUUCAUCUACAACUUGCAGACCCAAAUUUCCACAUCCCCAAUAAAGUUGACCUUCUGUUGGGAGCAGAUGUCUACAGUCAAAUUUUAGUUGAGGGCUUACUUAAAGGGCCCGCAGGCACACCGGUAGCGCAAAACACCAAGCUUGGUUGGAUCUUAUCAGGUAUGGCUCCUUCUGAAGCUGUAGAUAGCUCUCCGAUAUGCCUCCAUAAUACUGUGAUUUGUAUGAAUACUUGUGUAAGCAACGAUGAUGACAUGUUAAAGAAAUUUUGGGAAUUGGAGUCAGAAUCAAAAUUAGAACCCAAACUUCUGUCCGAGGAGGAACAAGCUUGCGAAAAUUUGUAUGCUGCGACAACAACACGGGAUGCCGAUGGACGUUAUGUUGUCAAGCUUCCUUUUCGUUCUCCGGAUCCGGAAUGCAAGUAUGGCAACUCCUUAGGCAUCGCUGCUCAACGACUUAAAUACUUACGUAGAAGGUUAGAAAAGAAUGUAGAAUUGAAAAAUCAAUACGCAAAGGUCAUGGAAGAGUAUCUCACACUGGGCCAUAUGGAACUGGUGCCAGAAGACCAAAGAAUAAAAUCCGACAGUGUUUACCUUCCUCAUCAUGCUGUUGUGCGAGAAGACAAAACCACCACUAAAGUGCGCGUGGUCUUUAAUGCAUCCAGUCCAGGUAGUAACGGCAUCUCAUUGAAUAAUGACCUCAUGGUCGGUCCUAGAUUGCAGCUAGACUUAAGGCAUAUAGUUAUGCGUUGGCGUAGGCAUCCUAUAGCUGUUAUUGCAGAUAUUGUCAAAAUGUACAGGCAGAUAAAGGUGACUGAUGAGGAUAUCGACUAUCAAAGGAUUUUGUGGGCUGAUGAUUCAGGGACAGAUACUCACCAUUACAGAAUGUUACGCGUUACCUUCGGUACGGCUAGUGCACCUUAUCUUGCGGUGAAGACACUAAUUCAGCUUGCAAAAGAUGAAAAUCAAACAUAUCCUUUGGCAUCGGAAAAAGUGUUAAAAGAUUUCUAUAUGGAUGACUUAAUGACCGGCUGCCAAACCAUCGACGAAAGCCUGGAGCUGUAUAGGCAAAUGAAUGGAUUGAUGAAAAAGGGAUGUUUUGAAUUGCAAAAAUGGGAUUCGAAUAGUAGUGAUUUUCGGCAGCGCAUAGAUGAGAGUGCAAAGGGAACGGGGGAAGCGAUAGAAAUUGGGACAGAAAAGGAAGGUACUGAGUUGAAAAAGGUACUUGGUUUGAAAUGGAAUAAGCUAACAGAUGAGUUCGAAUAUACAGUGCAACUUUCCGAAUUGAAUUUACCUGUUACCAAAAGGAAGAUUUUAUCGGACAUUUCCCGUUUGUUUGACCCUCUGGGUUGGAUUGCACCAUCCACAAUACAAGCCAAAAUAUUCAUUCAGAAGCUAUGGAUGGCAGGAUUGGAAUGGGAUCAGGAAUUGCCGGAGCACUUACUGCGGGAAUGGAUAGCUUACCGAAAUAAACUCUCAAUGCUCACUAGUUUCACUAUACCGAGAUGGACUCAUACAAAAAGUGAUGACGUUCUCCUAGAGCUGCACGGUUUCUGUGAUGCGUCACAGCAUGCCUAUGCCGCCGUAGUAUACCUUCGGGUCGUGAGUUACAAUGGAGAAGUUCAUGUUUGUCUGAUAACCUCUAAAACAAAGGUGGCUCCCAUUAAGGUAAUAUCAAUUCCCCGAUUGGAGUUGUGCGGUGCUGUUCUGCUGACUAAACUGUUGUCUGAAGUUUCUGAAGUUUUAGAAAUCUCUAAAGAUCGUGUUCAUGCUUGGACCGAUUCUCAAGUAGUUCUGACUUGGCUCAGCAGUCAUCCUAGCAGAUGGAAGACUUUUAUAGCCAACAGAGUAUCCAAUAUUAUGUCGUUGAUGGAUAGAAAUCAAUGGUCACACGUUCGGUCUUCCGAAAAUCCCGCUGAUUGCGCCUCGCGUGGUGAUCAGCCCUCGAAAGAAGCUGAAAUCCAACUUUGGAAGAAUGGCCCAUCUUGGUUGUCACAAAAAGUCAUAAAUUACAGUCCACUGAGCUACAACCAAGAACAAGACACCAAUAUAGAAGAAAAAGCCGAUAAGACCAUUACGUGCCUGACUAAUGUUGAGGUAGACGGGGCCUCAACCACCGGGUAUGGGGAUGCCUGGCGGCCGCCUUACGAGACCCGUGACGACGGCGCGGCGCACCAGAGUCCAAAGCGCCGUGAUAACCCGAGGGGAACCAACAUUCCCCUCGAAGGCGGAAGGGCUCGCCAAGAGCGAGCCGUAGCCUGA